AUGGUAGUUAAUACCCUUGCAUACAUUGCACUCUUGGCUAUGGCAUUUAAUCUUGCCUCUGCCUCCGAUCCCAGUCCUCUUCAGCACUUCUGUGUAGCUGUUAACGAUACAAACGCCACUGGGCUUCGUCUUCCGGGAAAUACAUCAAACCAACUUGGGUCCAUGGUCACGGCACAGAUACCUGGACUCAACACCCUUGGCGUUUCCCUGGCUCGGGUUGACUAUGUGUCAUAUGGUCUCUCCUCAAAGUUUGUCUUAGCUUGUUGA